GAGGCGGGUGAGUGCCGCCCUGUAGUGGAGGGACGGGGGCGGGUGCCCUUGCUCUGCGACCGGCUCUGUUGUUGGCCACUGCCCAUCGCGGUUGGGACCAGGGCCCGGCUCCUGCGGUUGUUUCUCUUCAUUGGCUGUGCGAUGCCUCUGGGAAGAGUGGCCAGCCCUGCCCCACGGGGACCCAGAGGUCCCGGGCAGCAGGAAGUCCCCUGGCGGUGGUCACACCCCAACCUGCAGGCCCAUGGGCGCCGUGGCUCCACAGGGGCCGUGUACGUGUGCACGGAGGACGCGUUCCCUGACAGGCGCCUGCAGCAGCUCAUCGCGCAGCAGCGGCGUCUGCGGACAGAUGCUCCAGGCGACGUAGUGGAGAAGAUAAACUUUGGCGACCACAUCUUCAUCAAGCACGUGGCCGAUGUGGACGCGCUGCUGGAGUGUGUGCAGAGGAAGGUGCCCCUGCUGCUGUCGCGGGGGAUGGCGCCCCCCCGCCCUGGAGGCGGCGCCUGUACCUCCUGA